UAGGCCCGACACGGCCCAUAAAAUAUUCAUGCUCGUGCCGGGCUGGCCCAUUUAUUUCGUGCUCGUGUCGUGCUCUAACCGUGUAGUGCCGUGCUAGCCCGUGAGCGCACGGCCCAGUGACCAUGUACACAUGAGGGUCAUCUCAGUCUUCUGUUCCUUGAUCAGUUGAUUGGAUUGGGUACUGUCUAAUAUACUUUGGAGCCUUAAUUAGUCGAUAUAUAUACCCUUUCUUUGAGCCUUAAUCGAGUUUUUGACCGCUGACCCGCUUCCUUGACCACCUGGGUCUCUGGCUGGACGGCUGAUACGCGCCGUUUCGAACGAGGCGGCUGAGAGGGUGGUGGAGGUUAAGCACAUGCGCCCCUUGAGCGCACCCUCUGUUCUCUCCCUGUGCCUACAGCUAUCCUAUCUACGAACCAAAAAAAUAACACCAAGAUAGAAAAAGGCCGGAGCUUCCGAAAAACCAGUGCAUACGAAUUAAAUCAAAAUUCACACGGCAAAUAACCAAAAAACAAAACUAAAAAAAAAAAUAGAAUAAUAAGUCCGGGAGCUUUCAUGGUUUGCGAAAACCCACCACAGCACAAACAAAGAAGCAGAGAGAACGACUGUGACGAGAGGAGGAGGAGGAGAUCAACAUAGGAUCGAAGGAAGGCGAAUAGGGUGGGGCGCGCGAGGCCAUCAUUAUUAUUCCUUCAGUGUUCUUCCAUCUCCUCGAACCCUCCAUUGUCUCUUGUGCGUCUCUGGAAUCAAUCAAGAGGAAGAAGCAAACCCCCGAAAGCCCGGCAGGCAAAUAGAAAUUCCCCCAUUCUUCCCUGGCUUCGUGAUUUGGAAAAGGGACAAGAGAGAAUUCCCUCGUCCCCCCCUCUCUCGAGAUUUCUGCUCGACCCAUCUGGAUUUCUGUCUCAUGCACCGUCUCAGCGGCGCAGCCCGCCCAGCUACGUGAACCUUCUCCCUCUCUGUGUGUUUGGUUUGGUUUGUCGCGGGAUGGCGGAGGAGCUGCAGCAGCAGCAGCAGGCGGAGGUGGUGAGGGUGGAAAGAGCCAAGCUAGCGGCAUGCAUGACGUGCCCACUCUGCCACAAAUUGUUCCGACGCGCCACCACCAUCUCGGAGUGCCUCCAUACCUUUUGCAGAAGGUGCAUAACCAGAAAGAUAGAAUAUGAAGAUUUGGACACUUGUCCAGUUUGCAACAUUGACUUAGGCCCCCUCCCUCUCCACCAACUCAGGCCAGACCAUUGUCUCCAAGAUUUCCGGGACAAGAUUUUUCCUUACAAAAGAAAAAGGGUCGAAGCUGAAGCUGAAGCUGAAUCUCAAGCACAUGAAACCAUGCCUUCACUCCCAGAAGUCAUGCCACCACCUUUAGUACUGAAACCUCCAUCAGAAACUGUGGCUACUGUCCAUGUACCUGCCAGGAGGAAAGAAAGAUCUCUGUCUUCGUUGGUGAUCAACACACCUAAACUACCAGACGAACCUAUUCAGCCAGCAAAAAGGGCUAAAUAUAGCACAAAAAAGGUUCCUGUUGUUAGAGAAUCGGUUACAUCUGAUGAUGAAGAACCUAUCAAGAAUGCUGCAGAUGGUGACAGAUUGAGCUCGCCCGAGACUCUUAUCAAGAUUGCACAAAGCAGGAGACAGAAUGGUACUGCUUCUGGGACAUCCAAGCGGCUUAUGCUGGAUAAAAAAGUCGAGGAAGGAAUUGAAGAAAGUGAGGAGAAAUCUGAUCUAUUGAAACCAUUGAAUCACCUGGUUGAAGAAUUAGCCGCUGCAAAUAAAGUUAAGUCAAACAAGUCCAACCCGCAUGGGGAAGUUUCGGUUCCAGUGCUUGUAGAUACCACCGUUAGAGCAAAUGAUAUUGAGUUGCCGAAUAAACCCAAUUUAAAGGAGCAAGAAGAUAACAAACCUCAAGUUUGUUGGAAUGAAGUUGAUUCUGCUGCAUCAACAUCAAGUUCAGUCAGACCUACAAAGUUGCCUACCGUGCGCCCAAAGAAAGCUGCAACUCCAGAAGCCCUUAACGUUUCGGCACAAGCUACUGUGGAUGCAAAUAGUAGACAGGAGCAAAGAUUGGUCCCUAUCUGGUUCUCCUUGAUUGCGGCAAAUACCCAGGGAGGAGGAGCGCCCUUGCCGCAGAUAUCUUCACCAUAUUUGAGGGUCAAGGAUGGUACCUUACCCAUUUCAGCAAUCAAAAAGUACCUUGCGCAGAAGCUAGGCCUCGCAAGUGAGGCUGAGGUGGAGCUUUCCAUUUGUGGUCGGCCUCUGCUUGCCACAUUGCAGCUACGAAAUCUAGUUCAGUGGUGGCUGCAGACAGUUCCAGCACCUGAAAGAACCCGCACAAGUGUCGGCAGCUCGGCCAAAGAUUUCGUCAUGGUUCUAUACUACAGCCGCAAAGCAACUUAGGGCGCCACAGCACAUUGAAACAAGCGUUUCUUUUUAGUUUUUAGUUUUUACUACUUGCCCUGCUCUUACCGGUUUUCUUCUUUUGUUUCUGAGGCAUUCAGUCGAGCAUGUGGCGAGCGUCAACCAGCAUUUUCAUUUUGUUUUCCCUUUCGGUGGAAAGUUUCACAAUUUGUCGAUCAUAUUUUCACUUUUCCAUUCGACCCAAAGCUGAAAGAAGAGCGAGUAAGUCAUUCGAGUAUAAAGAUCAUUUUUUUUU